CACUCAUGCUGACUCACAAAGUCGACUUAAUACCUGACAUUCCACACAAGGGCUUGACAUCUUCACGUUUGCUUUAUGGUUUCUAACCGGCAGUCGGUCUUCAGCCUGAACUGUUUGGCUGAAAGUCUCGACAACAUGAGCGUGUCAAGCCUUCUCAACCUCAGCAACCUGGGCAAGAUCUGCGGCUCCAGCCGCAGCAACGACAUGAUAGUUCUGAACCGGGUGAAGAGGAAGAACUCCGUCAGGCGCAUGUCAAUAAUUGAAGACGGUCAAAUCGCAGAGGUUCUCUACCUGAUUCCAAAGCAGUCCAUAAUGGAGCAGCUACCGUUCCUCAACCCUAACGACUACAUUCUGUGUGAAAAGCUGGCAGGUAUACCUGCAGAGCUGUCAGUACUACACACCCAGGAUAGCUGCCACCCCUGCCCUCCAGCAGGGAAGAAGGUAAUCUGCUGCUUCAGGUGUGGGGAGUCAUGCAGAGGAGAGGUGCUGCGUGUUCAGAGCAGCUACUUCCACAUAAACUGCUUUACAUGCAAAGUGUGUGGCUGUGAUUUAGCUCAGAGUGGCUUCUUCAUGAGGAAUGGGGACUACCUCUGCCCGCUGGACUUCCAGCGACUUCACGGCACAGCUUGCAACAGCUGUGGAGAAUUUGUGGAGGGAGAGGUGGUCACGGUGUUGGGGAAGACCUACCACGCAGCCUGCUUUGUUUGCACCAUUUGCAAACAGCCUUUUCCUGCUGGGAAUUGUGUCACCUUCAUUGGAAAAGACUGCCUCUGUCAGCACUGUAUGGAACCUGUGUCUCCGUCUCCAAACGCCACCAGCUAUUCCAGCAACUGCACUGGCUGUGGUAGAGACAUCAAGAAUGGACAGGCUCUAUUAGCCCUCGGAGGCCAGUGGCACCUAGGCUGCUUCAAGUGUAAAACCUGCAGGAAAGUGCUGAGCGGAGAAUAUAUCAGCAAGGAUGGAGUUCCCUACUGUGAGAGAGACUACCAGAUUCAGUUUGGGGUAAAAUGUGAAGCAUGUCAGAAGUUUAUAACUGGAAAACUCUUAGAGGCUGGGGACAGACAUUAUCACCCCAGCUGUGCAAGAUGCAGCCGAUGCGACAGGAUGUUCACAGAAGGAGAAGAAAUGUAUGUGCAAGGAUCAGUAAUUUGGCACCCAGAUUGCAGAGGAACCAGCAGAAUGGAGGACAGCUACAGGGUCGGAAGACCUAAAACGCCCUGUCUUGAUUUCUUUUUCCCGCAACAUGAACUGAAGCGCACUAGAUCAUCAUCUGAAAGCUCCUGUUCCAGGCCGGGCUCGUGCACUCCUGGCAGCCCAGGUCGAACUAUCUGUGCCAAAGUAGAUAAUGAGAUCAUUGAUUACAGAGACUUAGCAGCAAUUCCCAGAGUCAAGGCUAUAUACGAUAUUGAGUAUCCUGAUAUGAUAUCUUAUAAGUCUGUGAAUGACCACCCCUCUACUCUGGAUGAGAAAGGAAACACACAACACAGCCAAAGAGUCCAAAAAAGUCCUGCAGAGUCACCAGAAAUCAAAAUUGAACCCACAGAGGAGAGUUUUGAAAUAAGAACACGUGUACCAAAAUCUACAAGCCAAGGCCCUUUAGGACUUCAUACAUUGUACCAUCGUCAUAGCUACACUCCAACUUCGUCCAGAUCACCACAGCACUUCCACCGACCAGGGUUCCCGCUUUCUUCCUCUUUAUUCUGUGGCAACACUGGCACUUCCCCUCCUUCUCUUUAUAAUCACACCUUUCCCUCUCAAAGCAAAGCAGAUGAAAGCUUCAACGUGUACAGGAGGGCCCCGAUUUAUAAACAGCAAGAUCCAAAUUCCUCGACAUCCCCAGCAUCCUCUUUGGCCGGCCGGAACAGCCUCAGCCCGCCACGGCCAGCUGAUUUCUCCCGCUACCAUGACGACAGAUGCAGAGACUUCAGGCUCAUCUAUGACCAUCAGUACCCAUUAACACAAAUGGAGAGAGGAGUGUCUAUGCCUAAUUUGUUGGAACCAAAUAUCUAUCCAUAUGAAAUGCUCACAGUUAGUAACAGAGGACGAGUGAAGCUUCCCAGGGAUGUUGACAGAACAAGACUUGAGCGUCACCUAUCCCCAGAAUCAUUCCUCCACAUCUUUGGAAUGGAUGUUCAAGAAUUUGACAGACUUCCACUUUGGAAACGUAAUGACAUGAAGAAGAAAGCCGAUCUUUUCUAAUACAUGCUGUGAAUAUGUGAUGCAUGAGCUCCUUUGAACCUGUAUGUUUAUUCGUAUGUAAAAAUAGCACAGAUUCAAUAGCAAAAUAACUGAUUAGAGAAGAUUUGGCAAUUUUUUUCAUGGGCACAACCCACACACUGCUCAACCUACAAAUACAUUUUCUAACAAAUGUAGCACCAUUUAAGGGAGAAUAAACAGGCUUUUCAGCCGCAUAAGAUUUGUUGCCAAGAAGCAUUGUUCAAAGCAACCAAACACAAAUGUCCUUACUUUCUGUGCUAAAUUUUUGGCACAGAAAUAUGAAAUGUUUCCCUAAAAACCGGACAGUUCAUAAUGAUCCUGGGACACUGUACCUUUUCACCUUUUUUAGUUAUUCAUAGGUUAUAGUAAGGAAUUAUAGCAUAGUUAAAAUUAUAAUAUCCUAAGACAACGAACUUAACCUUAUUUAUUUGUGUUUCCACGGGCAGCCGUGUAUCCUCUAGAUUCCCUGCUUAUAUUAAACAACUCCAUAUUUUUAUUCUUGGACUCUGCUAGAGCAGCUGUUCAUGAUUUACAGUUUUUAAUAAUUUUCCUUUCCCUCUCCUUUAAGACAACUUUCUUCUGGUUCGCUGAUGUCCUCACAUACAGAUCUGUGCCUGAGAUGAAAAUAUUAAUACAUCAUACAGAGCCAAGGGUAGAAAAAACUGUCAGUGUUUAGCGGUCUAAAGCCUGAACUUCAGACACAUAGAUAUUAUCGCUUGGAUCAUUUGAAACCAUGGCCUUGUUUAACUUGAGCAUCCACCAUUGUAACUAUAUGUAACACUAUAUGGACAAUAGUAUUGGACCAUGCCACUAGGAUCUCUGAAUUUAAGUGUGGUACUGUAAUUGGAUGUCACUGUUGCAGAAAGUAAAUUUGUGAAAAGCCUUCCCUUCUAGAUAUUGAGUGAUCAGCUCUGAGACAUUUUAUGCUACACUCAUCAGGCUCUUUGUUAGUGUCGCUCAGUUUGAACUUCAGCAGGUCAUUUUCACCAGCGGUCCCCAACAUUUUUUGCGACAUGGACCGGUUUAUGUUGGACAAUAUUUUCAUGGACCGGCCUUUAAGGGGUCACGGAUAAAUACAAGAAAAUAAAACCAGUACCGGUACCAAAAAAAAGAAGAUUUAUUCCUAACACACAGGAAAAGACCCAGGGAAACCGAGUUAACAAUAAAAAAUAAAGAUAAAAAUCCCGAAAACCAUAAAUUUCACACCAGAGCCUCAAGUCUCAUGACCCCGUACCAAACGACUCAUGGACCAGUAUCGGUCCACGGCCCGGGGGUUGGGGACCGCUGAUCUACACCAUGCUUACAUGCCAAAAUGCACUGAGUUGAUGCAAUGUGAUUGGCUGAUUAAACGAUUGUGUUACCGAGCAGAAGAACAAAUGUACCUAACAAAGUUGCUGGUGAGUAUAUAAGUAAUACAUAAGUUUGCUGGUGAAAGAAACUGAAUAUGAUGAUGAUAUUUUUUCCUAUUAUGUUUAUAGAACUGAACUCUGUUUCAUACCCAGUGAUAUAACAGAAGCACUGGCAUGCUGCAGGAAUUCCUCAGACCUGAAUGGAUCCUUUAAGUAAAUCCCAUUGAUUUUGUAGUGGCUACUUGUUAACUGUUACAAUCAAGCUCAUAAUAAAAAGUCACUGAUGCACCA